AUGCCCAGGUGGCGAUAUGGCGAUGCUUCAGCUGCCGAAAACCCCGGACCACCUGAGCCCAGCGCAAGGGUUGGCAGCGUCCAAACCAUGGAUUUGGGCCAUGAACUGGUGGAUGCUGGUGGUGAACAAAAAGCAACUCUUAUCCGGUCUCCCAAAGCCUUCAAGAAGCAGAUUGUUGAUACAUCCGAUCAACAAGAUGGAACUGUGACCAGCACUGAACCAAGAGACAGCCAAAAGAUGUUGGAAGAACAUAGAAAUCAGUUGGCCUUAAGCGCCGAACGUGCCAGCCCUACGACGCUCUCACAUCGCUCACACAUGUUGCACUCCUCCCGCAGUCCCAACAACAAGAACCAGUUGACUGAUACUCGACUGCAGAGAAGACCAUAUACCGUGCAAGCUGCAAAACCCAACGUCGCUGAGCCACAAGACUUCCGGAAGUUUCAUCAAACAUCUGCCAUGGCAGCAUCCGGCCUAGUGGCCUCGGAUGAAAGUUGUGCUGCUGAUGGGACGUGCAGCGAGUCGCUUAGACCGGCCAGACAUGCGAGACAGCAGAAGGUUUUGCGUGAUGACCCCAAGCCCUCUCGUCGUAAAGGUGCAGUCAAGUCCCUUAUCGAGCAGGAAGUCUUGGAGUUAGAAGCGUUGUCGGAGAUCUACCACAAGCAACUGACCUUGUUGGAAGAUCUACAGCGGGGACUUCAUGCUGGUCUGGGGCACCGUGCGGAGUUCGUGGCCGCUGAGAGCUCAUCUUUGGAGUUGGUGGAGCUGCCAAGCAAAGGCUACGGCGUGAGGACAAUAGCUUCCAUCGAUGCAGGCUGCUGCCUGCUAGCUGAACCGCCAUUGGUGCUAUUGCAGCUGGAGAGCAGCAAAGAAGAAACAUUCGCCUGUGGGCACUGUUUGAAGCCCCUCCCAGGUUCCACCCACCACCACUGCGGCUGCAGUUCCUUCUGUUCCCAGCCGUGCAUGGCAGAUGCCACGGCCUCAGGGCACCCCUUCCUUUGCGGCGAAACCUCUGCCGCUCAGCAACUGGACGAGCUUCUCCGAGAGCUGGGCAACGUGGGAGAAGCCUUCCGCCUCAGCGCCAAGGUGCUGGCCAAAAGUGCCGUGGAUGCCUCGAUUUAUCCCUUGGUUCAUGGCUUGGUAGGGGCCCCGUGGUGGCAGACCGUGGCGGGCUUUGAGGGGCCGUUGGCGCAGGAGGCCGAAGGGAUCACUGGAACAGUGCUGGAGCUGUUGGAGACCCUGCUGCCCCUGCCGCACGGCUUCGACGUGCAGCAGUUGGCGAUGCUAGUGGGACGGGUGCGAAUGAACGCCGUGGAGGUGGAGGUGACAGAUGAGGAGCUUCCCACAACUCGGGGCUUGGCGUUGUACCUGGUGGCAUCGGCCGUGAACCAUGACUGCAAGCCAAAUUGUGCUUUGCAAUCAUGCCUGCCGAUGCCUGAACUGCGGGGUUGGGCUGUGCUUCAAGCCCUGCGAGAUUUGGAGGAAGGAGAGGAGGUGACCAUCGAAUAUGUGGCUGAUAGUCCGGAUCGUCACCAACAGCUGCUGGAGCAAUGGCAAUUUGAGUGCAACUGCCAGGAAAAGAGCGGCCAAGCGGGGAGCAUGCGGUCGCAUGCAGUACAGGCCUUGUUGGAAGCAGCACCGCUCGUGUCGGAGCAGGUGAUCUGUGGAGCACCUCCCAGUCGAUCGACUGUAGAGGAAGAGGAAGACGCCGUGGAGCCCGUAGCAGGCAAGACAUCAUCGGCCGCUGCCCUGGACGACUUUGUGAUCUCCAAAGCAGUGGUGCCGCAAGAGUCUGCCUCAACUCUUUUGGGCCUGAUGCCCUUGCGUAACCACCGCUCCACAGCGCCCACGCCUACCUCGCAGAUUGCUAUGCCUACUGUGCUGGUGGUCACAGUCCUGGGCUCAGAGGAGCAAUCUUUCCACCUCCUUGAUUCCCCGAGAAUUGCCAUGGCUGCCUUGCUGAUUGGUUCCGGUCAACAGCUAACUUUCUGCUGCGGCGUGGUUGCUGUGACGGGUGAUGCAGUGGAACAGGCUUCAUCGAGGGGCCUUGCAGCAGUGCCAGGUAGCUGGGUCCAGCAGCGUGAGAAGAGAGAUGGCGCGCAGCAUCACCUGACCCUACUCAGCAAGGUGGAUCUGCAACAGUUGUCGCAGCGGAUGGCAGACGGCGCCAGUUGGUGCCAAGAAGUUCCCCCCGAUGCCGACAUGACGGGCAUAGCCAAAGCUGCUGCUGCCCUGCUGGGAAAGAUGAGCUGUACAUGGGACUGGGUCGAUGUGGGCACCGGCAGUUGCAAAGACGCCACCGGGGAGGCCUCCUUCCGUGUGGUGCUGUGGCCAGCGGCUGCCGCAUGGCGGGAGCGGUUGGAGCUGCCGCCCAAGGAUUUUCACAUCACCCUGGGAUUUCACGAUGCAGAUGUGCACAGCAAAUCCAAAGGUGUUGCAUCCCUCAGAUCUCCAGAGGUGGCUUCCCUUCCACAGCUGCUUCAGUUGGCCCAGCGCCUCAUCCCCGACUUGGAGUCCUUCGGGCCCAGCAUCGAGCAGAUGCUGGAGACAGUGCAGCAAGGGGAGAUGGAUGUGGAAAUGCAGGUCCAGGCCCUGAGGCUUUGGUGCACCUACCACGGUCGCCAGAAGCAGCCGCAGCAGGUGCUGCUCCAUGCGGAUCAGCUGCUGGAGCUAAGCGGGAACGAUGCCGUGGCCAUGCGCAGCAGGGGCUUGGCGCUGGUGAUGUUGCAGAGAUAUCAGGAGGCACUGGAGGCUCUGCAACGUGCAGAUGACUUGCAGCCGGCCGAGGGACCUGAAGCCCAGCGUGUGGCGCAGGCUGUGGCGAUCUGCAGGAAGAAGUUGGGUGGAAAGACGGAUGUCAAUGGCUAUGCGCUGGCCGCGAACGUGGCGGCUGACGAUCCAAAAUCUCCUGCGGAGGGGAACUACCCAAAGACGCCUCAUUUGCCCUUCUCUCCUGGCGUGAACCCCGACGACACGCGGAUUUCAGACUGCAAACACCUACUGGAAGCAGAAGUGGUAGUCACUGAAAAGUUGGAUGGUGGAAACUGCUGCCUGAAGGAUGGACAAGUCUUUGGCCGAACCCAUGCCCAGCCUGCCAGCCACGAGUCAUUCUCAGCUGUCAAAGAGCUGGCGGCCAACCUGGGGCCGCAACUGGAGGGCGUCCAACUGUUUGGAGAAAACAUGCAGGCAGUCCACAGCAUCGAAUACGGCAACCUCCAAAGUUUCUUCUACGUCUUCGCCGCCCGGCGGGGCAACAGCUGGUUGAGUUGGGAUGAAACCACACGGCUGGCCGAAGACCUGGGGCUGCCCAUGGUCCCUCUGGUGUUUCGUGGCAAGUUCGACUCCCCGGAACGGUUGCAGAAAUGUUUGGAGACGUGGAAGGCAGAGAAAUCCGCAGUGGGAGCAGAUGUCGAAGCAGAGGGCUUCGUCGUGCGGCGCUCUGCGGCCAUCCACGAGAAGGCCUUCCAGGAUGAGGUGGCAAAGUUUGUGAGAGCCAAUCACAUCCAGACCGAUGAGGCUUGGAAAAGGAAAUGGAAGAAGGCCUCCAUUGGGCCAGAGCUGGAAACGUCACCGCUGAGGACGCUGGAAGAUCACUGA